AGGAGCGUUGUUGGCAGGCGUUGUAACUCUGGUGAGGGGGAGAUCCUGAAGCUGCGGGUCAGGCAGGGCAAGAAAAUUGUGAGUGGAUUAUCCCCUUCCUCGGCAUGCUAUGGAGUGGACAGAUACAGAGCACGGUAAAGGGGUAGUUGCCUGAGAAUCAAGCAGCUCUUCUUUGAACUGCUGCAGUUUAUCAACAACGUCUUGACUUGUGGAUGACAGAACUGGACACAGUAUUCCAGCAGCACUCACACCAGGGCCAACUACAGAGGGCCAGCUGCACAACAGUAACACUGUGCUAUGCUUCGAGAUGUCAUGGGAAAAACCUUUCGACUUCUGGGGUAUACCAUUCAGUAUGGAUGCAUAGCACACUGUGCCUUUGAGUACCUUGGAGGAAUUGUUGUGUGUUCUGGACCCUCAAUGGAACCAACAAUUCAAAAUUCUGACAUUGUCUUUUCGGAGAAUCUUAGCCGCCAUUUUUAUUGCAUUCAGAAAGGUGAUAUUGUAAUUGCAAAAAGCCCAAAUGACCCCAAAUCAAAUAUCUGUAAAAGAGUAAUUGGCUUGGAAGGAGACAAAGUCUGUAUAAGCAGUCCUUCAGAUUUCCGUAAGAGUCACAGUUAUGUGCCUAAAGGGCAUGUUUGGUUAGAAGGAGAUAAUCUCAGGAAUUCUACAGAUUCCAGGUGUUAUGGACCUGUUCCUUAUGGACUGAUAAGAGGACGCAUUUGCUUCAAGCAUUCAGGAGAAGGGUACUGCAACAUGUGCUGCCCCAGCACUAACCCAAGACAAGUUCCUGUGUAAACAAUUUGAAUCACCCCCUCUCCCCCAAAGUUGAGUAUGCUUUCCACAUCCCACAAUACGGACUGUCAGACACCGGGUCGGGGUAGGAUGUGGUGAGAAAGGAAAACUCUUUUUACCUGUGAAUUUUCUAAUACUCUUCGUGUCUGACAUUCUGGCCCAACCAGCGUGGAUGCAUUUGUCUGAGAACUGAAGUUUUUUUUCUCCACUGUCCCAGAUUAUAAGCUUCCUAAGGCUGUGUUAUGAGGGUCAUAUGUCCAAGUUAGGUGACUUAUACUACUAUAUUCAGUAAAUAUUUUUCAGCUUUGGAAGCAAUCAUUCUGGGUUCCCCACAGAAGAGUGGUCCUGGACCCAGGCUAGCUGUCAAUCUUUGUUCUGCCUCCAGCCAGCAGGAAGAAUUAUUAUUACUAUAUUACCCUAUAAUACAGACUGUCAGAUAUGGAGGGUAUUAAAAAGAUUGAUAAGUAAGAAGGAAAUCUUCCUAUUGUGGUAUCCUCAUCUCAACUAAAGAAUUAAAAGGUGACAAAUGUAAAGUAUAUAUAAUAAGAUGGAGUAUGGAAAUACAGUAUAAUUCCACUUAUCCACAUUCUCUUUUCGAAUAAUCUUAGUUAUCUGAAGCCACACAUCUCUCCCAUGUAGCCCUGUUAGUUAAUCACCCACUAGUAACGUCUCAUUAGGCUCAUCACUAAUCGAUGGCUUUGUAUUUGUAUAGUGGUUCUGAGCCGCUACCUGCAACUACUGAGACCGAAUCCCAUUUCAGCAGCAACAGCAACUGACAAUGUCUGUGUCAGACUGUGAUUAGUCAGUUUAAAAAAAAAAAAAAUUCAGAAUUCUAUCCACAGUAAUUUAAUACAUUUUUCGUGUUUUAAUAAACUCAAAGUUGGGUUACUUUACUCUUUUAUAAAGUACAAAGUAUUAAGCAAACAUCAGCAUUACUCCUUUUAUUCCCCACAUUUCUACAUCAGUGAAACUGAAGCACAAAAUAGCACUCUGUUUAUCCGGUCAGUUAUCAGAAACUUUCUGAUGUCCCUCAGGCCAUUUGGAUAAAUGGGUGUGUACAGGAUUGAAAUUAGAGUUUUAAAUCGACUAACUUUUACCGUAUUUCAUUUUACAGAUAUGGCCUCUGAAUGAUUUUGGAUUUCUGCGUGCUAGCCCCAACGGUCACAGAUUUUUGGAUGAUUAAGAGAACUAAUAAGUGAAUUCUGCCAGUUUACUGAACUGUCUUACAAUGCUUUAAUAGCUUUUUUUACUGAUUGAAUGAAACAGUGUAUUUGUAUUUACAAUAAAUUAAACAUUGUGACUUUUUGA